AUGGCUCGAGGAACAUUCAAGCAGAGGCGUGGCGGAGGCAGGAGCAAGAACCUCGUCUUGGACGAGAACGGGACCGCUGUAUCCAAGGACAAAUUGGCUGCUCGAGAUCGCGAUGAAGACGACGACGACGAUGACGAAGAGGAGGAAGAGGAAGAAUCCGAGGACGAGGACGAAGACGGCACCGCGCCCAAUGCCUCUCAACCUGAGCUCACCCGUGCCGAGCGCCGCGAGCUGAAGAAGCAGAAGGCUCAAGCAGCGCAGGCCAAGAAGCAACCUAACGGUGAUGCCGAGGACGAGGAAAAAGAGGGAAAUGAUCCCGUCCUCGUCAACCCGAACCGCUCUGCGGCCAAGCACAGGAACUUGUCAGAUCUCAGCGCCCCGCGUGAGCUUUCGCGCAGGGAAAGGGAGGAGAAGGAGAAGAAGGACGCCAAGGAGCGCUACUGGAAGCUACAUGCAGCAGGCAAGACAGACGAAGCCAAAGCCGACCUCGCUCGUCUCGCCAAGAUCCGUGCCGAACGGGAGGCUGCUCAGGCCAAACGUAAGGCGGAAGCUGAAGCGAAAGCGGCUGAGAUUCAACAGAAGCGGAAGGAGCAGAUGGCAAAGAAGCGUGUUUGA